AUGGAAAAAGGAAAGCAUGUACAAGAUGAUGAAGGUAGCAUUUGUUUGCAGGUCGUUGAGCUUCGAAGGCUCAGCGAAACAUGUGGUUCCAAUGCUACUAUUUUUGAACCUCGGAGUAGUAUUGAGAAGAGGGACAGUAGUGCAACUUCUGGUUCUCCAACAGCAUCGGGAAUUCGUGCUCCAGAGCAGAAACUAACUCUGUUCGCUCUUCGCCUUGCUAUUUUCGAGAAGGCGGCUACUGGCUUGGGAACUCUCGGGUUUAUCUGGGCUACAGUAGUUCUUCUGGGUGGAUUUGCAAUCACUUUAGACCCAACAGACUUCUGGUUCAUUACAAUCAUAUUGUUAAUUGAAGGGACUCGAAUAUUCAGCAGGAGCCAUGAGCUUGAAUGGCAACAUCAAGCUACCUGGUCCAUUGCUGAUGCUGGAAUCAACAGUUUCCGAGCAUUGAGAACUAGUUCACACUUUGCUAUAGAAGCUAUAAAAUCAAUUUUCAAGUCGAUAGGUUUGGUCAGAGAUCAUAGUCGAAAUUGCAGAGAUUUGACUGGAGCUUGUCUUUCAGCCAAAACUGAGGAUCGAGUUUGCCAUAGGAAAAUGACUCGGACAUGGACAAGCUCAGAUGUUCCUAUCCUACCAUACGCUCAAUGGGUUUUUCUUUCAAGAAAUGUGAGUAAGCUUCUGUAUUGGCUUCAGCUUGCAUCAGCCACUGCCUGUGUAGCUCUAUCAUUGAUGAAGCUCGUCAAACAUAACUAUGGUGAGGUAGAAAAAGGAGAUACUGACAAGCGAAACAGACAAGCUGCUUUGAAUAUUUUCUACGCCUUGGCUUUAGCAGAAGCUCUGUUAUUCCUGAUGGAGAAGGCUUACUGGGAAUGGAAGGUAAUCUACCGUAAAUUAUUGGAAAAUGUAAAUAGAGAAUGUGAACUCGGGCCUUCUGGUAUGAUAUCAAUCAAAAGAUUCUUUUACGACGCCUAUUCUAGAUGCGUUAAUGGAAGCAUCUUUGAUGGACUGAAAAUGGACUUGGUCACCUUCGCCAUGGAUCUCUUGGCUUCAAAUUCCCCUGAUGAGCAGCUCAUCGGAAUUCAAAUUCUUCGGCAAUUUGCAAUGAGUGAGAAGUUUUCUGAUGACACUCUCCAGAAAAUUGGGACAAAUAUGUCUGUUAUAGAAAGAUUGGUUGAAAUGUUGAACUGGAAAGACCUGCAAGAAGAAGUAACCAGGCGGUCAGCUGCAGAAAUCCUAUCAGAGCUUGCCGGGAAAAAACAGAACUCCCUACGCGUUGCUGGAAUUCCAGGCGCAAUGGAAUCAAUUUCAUCUCUGCUUCAAAUCAACAGAAGCUCUAGUGCCACAGCAGAUGAAAUUGGUGAAAAGCAGCUCAUUGCUGAUCACGUACAUUACGGUUUCUGGACGUUUAAUCAUUUAGGACUGCUUAUCCUGAAAAAGCUAGCACGCGACCAUGAUAAUUGCGGAAAAAUCGGCAACACAAGAGGCCUCUUACCCAAAAUCAUUGAUUUGACACACGCCGGAGAGAGAAUGCUGAAAGAUGAGAAUGUAGCACAUUCUCAAAUUUUAACCGUAAAAAGAUCUCUGCAAGUGGUGAAGAUGCUGGCAAGCACAACAGGCGCCACCGGUAGUCAUCUCCGCCGAGAGAUUUCAGAGAUAGUUUUCACUAUAAGCAACAUCAGAGACAUCUUACGACACGGAGAGAAACAUCCAAUACUGCAAAGACUCGGCAUCGAAAUACUAACCAAUCUAGCACUGGAAGCCGAUGCGACUGAGAGAAUUGGAGGCACAGGUGGCAUUCUCAACGAGCUAUUCAACAUUUUCUUUUGUCACGGAGCAGCAGGAAGCUCAAAUCCUGUAAGAACCGCAGCAGGAGAAACCCUAGCAAUGCUAACCUUAGAAAGCAAAAGCAAUUGCCACCGAAUUCUAAAACUAAAAGUGAUUCAGAAGCUGGUUCAAUCACUCGAAGACACAUUACUUCGCGUAAAUGCCGCGAGAAUCCUCCGAAACCUAUGCGCAUACAGCGGUCAUGACUGCUUCAACCGAUUAAAAGAAGUGACUACAUCAGUACCUACAGUGCUGAGGGCAAUUAGGUCAUCGGAGAACAAACUGCAAGAAGUAAUGAUCGGACUAGCAGCGGAAGUUUUCAAGUUCAUGAGUCCUGAAGAAGCAACCCUAAUGUUCGACAAGGCGGAAAUGAAGGAGGCGGAAUUAGCUAGCACCAUAAUGCAGAUCCUCAGAAAAUAUGAAAAACCGUCAACUAGGGUUCCGAGAAUUCGCCGAUUUGCGAUAGAGUUGGCGAUAUGGAUGAUGCGAGCAAAUAAAGAAAAUGUGAUUAUUCUACGAGAUUUAGGGCUGGAGAAAGAGGCGGAGCAUGUUUUAGAAACCACGGCGGAACUUGAGAGCUUCAACAUUUUCUCCGGUACAGUUGGGCUGAGCCGCCACAGCACGACUAUUCAUACACUGGUUGAAACCGCAUUGAAUUUGCUAGCCGAGACUCCUUGAUCGUCACGAAAGUGUGAUCAUGCGGGCUUGUACAUAUGAACAUAUUAAUUAUUGUUAAAUUUUUUAAUUAAGAAAAUGAGUGGAUUAAAUUAUUAAA